CCCCUCCCCCCGGCUCCGCAUCGCCGCGGCCGGAGCCCACGCCAACCGUGCCGGCGCUCGGCCGAGGAUGCUCCGGGGCUUUUGUCCCCCCGCGGCAGCCUUCGGGAGCACUCUCGUCUUGGGUCGGUGAAGGUUCUUUCUCCCUCUUUCCCCCAACCCUUCAUCCCUCCCCGGCGAGGCAGCCCGCCCAGGAGGGCUUUAACAUCAGUCAUCUCCUUGCGGUGGGUGAAGUUGCUGCCAUGCCCGCUGCUGGGUCCCGGCGCACCGGGAGUGGCGGGGAGCCGGAUUUACCGGGGAGUUGUGCUGCAGACAAUGCACAGCAGCAGCAGCAGCAGCAUCUGGAGCAGCCCUGGGGACUGGAGCUCCGGUUUUGACAUUGCUACACACACACAGCACCAGCCGCAAUGACAGCAGCUGCCUGGAGUGGCUGCAGGCAGCAGGCAGGAGCAUGAAGUGAAGAGAUCACUGCAGUGCUCAAGAUGAACUCCUCCUUGGUUGGCAACCAGAGUGGCCGGCCGUUCUGUCUCCUGGCCAUUAGCUAUUUGGAGACCAUCAAUUUUUGCCUCCUGGAAGUGGUUAUUAUUGUGUUCCUCAUGGUGCUGAUUAUUUCGGGCAACAUCAUUGUGAUAUUUGUCUUUCACUGUGCACCUCUGCUGAACCACCACACCACCAGCUACUUCAUCCAGACUAUGGCGUAUGCUGACCUCCUGGUGGGCGUGAGCUGUCUGGUGCCUUCUUUGUCUCUGCUGCACUAUCCUAUUGUUUUAAGUGAGUCCUUGGUUUGCCAAAUCUUUGGUUAUGUGGUAUCAGUGCUGAAGAGCGUCUCCAUGGCCUCUUUGGCAUGCAUUAGUAUUGACAGAUACAUCGCCAUCACGAAGCCGCUGACCUACAACACGCUGGUGACCCCAUGGAGACUUCGAAUCUGCAUACUGAUCAUUUGGCUCUACUCCUGCCUGGUCUUCUUACCCUCCUUUCACUGGGGAAAGCCUGGAUAUCACGGGGAUGUGUUUCAGUGGUGUGCCAAUUCCUGGAACACCGAUCCCUAUUUUACGCUCUUCAUUGUGGUGAUGCUCUACGCCCCGGCUGCUUUCAUCGUCUGCUUCACUUACUUCAACAUCUUCCGCAUCUGCCAGCAGCACACCAAGGAGAUCAACGAGAGGCGAGUGCGCUUCAGCUCUCAGGAUGGGGAGGCUGGGGAGGCGCAGCCCUGCCCGGACAAGCGCUAUGCCAUGGUUCUUUUCCGCAUCACCAGUGUCUUCUACAUCCUCUGGUUGCCCUACAUCAUCUAUUUUCUGCUGGAGAGCUCCAAUGUCUAUAGUAACCGCGUUGCGUCCUUCUUGACCACUUGGCUUGCCAUUAGCAACAGCUUCUGCAACUGUGUUAUUUACAGUCUCUCCAACAGUGUCUUUCAGAAGGGGCUUAAACGGCUCUCGGGGGCUAUUUGUGCCUCUUGUGCUAGACAGAGGGUAGCUAAGGACUCCUCUACCUCUAGGAGCAAAAGAUCUUCCAAUGGAUGUCAUGUCUAAGACUCCUAUCAGCUGGACUGGGAAGUGCAGGGACAAUUCCAUAAAUAGCAAAAAUAAGUUAAAUAUGAUUUUAAGAUGUCCAGAUUUGCAAAAAGGUCUCUGAGAAAUGCUGCUGACAUAGAAGAAUCAGGAGCACAUAUCAGUGUGGCUAAAAAAUAUUGCUGUGGAGGAGGCUGUGGAGUUUCACCUCCAUAUUCAUUUUUAAGAAUAAAGCUGUAUCUUGACACUUACCUCUCCAGCUGGUGUGACUGAAUGGAGUGGGUGUCUGAGAGCUUCAGCAAAAUGUAGUCUUUCUUACAGCUUUACUAGGUUCUUUUCAAGAUUCGUGCUUCACAUGUAAAUGAUAGAUCUGAAGUGGAAAUGUCACAGUAUAUGGUAUAUCACAGGGAUUUUUUUAAUAUAUGCCAAAGUAUAUUGACACAGUGUUCCAGCAUCGUAACAGAAGGGGCCAAACAGUGUUGUUUAUUCAGUGCUACCUAGACAGGACUUCUAGAACAGCAGUGACCAGUGUGAACAUUUGAGCGUGACCUUAGGGUCCUACUGAGCCGUGAGGGCAGCGAUGCGAGCUGAAGUCCUACGCUUAGGAGAACUGCCCUGGCUUCCCUGCCUCGUUUCUCUGGUAGGAGGCAUGUGUGCCAUCAGAGCACGGCAUCUGCAUUUCCCUGUUUGCUGGGAAGGAAGAAGAAAAACUUGGAUCAGACCAAAUUUAGCAGUUAAAUAAAAUGUGUUUGGAUAAGCUAAGAGAAAAUACGUGUUGCUUUAUGAUACCAGAGUUGUGGCAGCCACUUGAGGAUGAUGCCAGCAUGUGAAAUUAUGCUCAAACCAGUGGAGAAAUGCCACAGUUUUGUAUGUGGAAAUUUUCUCAAGAACAACUUUAAAAAUAACAUGUCCCUUUUUUUUUUUUAAUCUAAAUUCUUCUGAUAUUUUACAUACUAGAACUUAAGGGGAAAGGAAAGAAAACAAUUGUCUUCUAAACAGCUAAGGGAACUAUGCUGUAAAUUUAACUGUAGUAUUUGAGUUAUUCAUAAGUGCACAGAGCUAAAUCAGAGACAUUUUUCUUUAGCCUUCAUGGGAUUAAAGAUGGUUCGAAUAUAGCAAGAGCUAAAUCCUGUUAGCAAAGGCAUAUCUAACUGGUCAAAGUCAGUGUCUGAGAAACAACCUCAUUGACCACAGCUUUUUCAAGCUAGCUGAGGUUAAAUCUCUGCGAGUACUGUAAUGCUGUUAAGAAGGCACUAUGCCCCUCCAAUUGGUUAGUUUAUCCUAAGGAAUAUCCUUGUCUUUUUACUGAUGCCAUACUGGAAAGUGAAAGUGAACCAAGUAUUCCUGUAAUAACGGAUUACAGCCUGUGUUGUCUUAUCUCACCCUGUGCCUGGCACAGGGAUAUCCCCCACCACCCCUCUGGUUGGAGAGCAGGUUGCACACCGUGAAUGUCCGCAGUUUAUUCCCUUCCUCGUGCUUCUAGUGAGUACACUGGGCUGAGCCAUGGGAAUUCUGUGAGCUUCUGGGUUACAGGUGGUGUGUGCUGUUAAAGCAGAAAUGGAAAAAUACUAGGGAAAAUGAUGUGGGUGUUUUUGGGAUUGGGGUCAUUCUCUUGGCCAAAGGGAAGACUGUAUUUUUGAUUUCAGGUCUAACUUGUUACGGACCGAGAUCAUCCUCUUCUUAGUACCCUGUCCCUCCUGCAAGCAUACACAUACCCUCCUCUCUGGUGUGCUGUGAGCCCUGGCUUCUCAUCUUCCGUGUGUUGCCCUGGAGGACAACAGUUUGUAUCUCUGUCCUGUCACACAUGGAUUGCUACAGACCAUCCUCCUUGCUGCCCAUCCGCAUUACUCCAGUAUAGUCUUGUGAGGCUGCUGGUGAGGAGAGCAGCAGGAUGAAGCACGGCUGGCAUGGCUUGUACUUGUCAGUGCUCAUCGCUGAUAGACAUGAGUUCCUCUUACCGAUGUGCAUGUGAGGCUGAACCCCCUGCUGUUGCUGCCUAGUUUUGGCUUGACAGCUCCGUUACAAGGAAGCUUUAAGCCAUCUCUUGGUCUGCUUGCAACAUAUUUUAUCCAUAGUUCAAACCUCUCAAGAUAAACUUCCUCUAUAGUUGAUCUGAAAUGGUAAGAACAAAGGUUGUCUAAACCCUGGUGCCUUCACCAUGACAUUUCUUGUUAUCUUUUUGAAUUAAGGCAGUAUCUAGAGCCAGGGCUUAUGCUGUGAUCCCUGCACAGCCAUGGGAGAGCUGAUCUGUUCUGCAGAGCUCUCUCAGUCUGGGUUUUGGUUAUAGAGACACAAACAGCCGUGGAGGGGACAGAGUGUAAGGGUGUAGUGAGUCAUUUAUAAGUGGUAUAAUAAGCUCACAGCACAUCAGCUGGUUAAUUGCUCUCGGGUGUUUUGCAGGUAUUAUGGCAAAGGUGGGCUUUGGGGGACAGUUUAAGGGCUUUAGUCACUAAUAUCAAAGUGUGUGUGUGUGGUAUUUUUGGAACAGCCUCUCAGGUAAACUCCCAAUAGCUUUUUCUCCGACUCUUCACCUUAUCUAACAUUUCCAAGGCUUUGAAGUGAUGCAAUUUAUAAUUGAAAUAGUAUUUGAUUAAACUUAAUGGAAGGAAAGCAUGUGCUAGGGCCUAAACCACUAAAAAUGGCAGUUUCAGGGUUCGGUGGGAGCUGGAGAGCAAAGAUUGUUGCUUUUUAUUUUACAUUACUUUUUCAUGGCAUGAAUAGAGGGUUUAAAUAGAAGCAUUUUGUGCUAGUUCUUGAGAAUAUGGAAAAUACUAUAAAGUAGGAAGGAGUCUAACUCAUGGCAUAGAGAUUUAACUCGAGACGAAGCAGUUGCUGCUUCAAGCUAUAAGACUAGAAUUGUACUUGAAGCGUAGUGUUUGUUGCAGAUGCAGAUGCAUGCUUGCAGCUGUUGUUGCUUUGCAGCUAAGGUUCGCUUAUAACAUUCCUGACAGCCAGGCUUUUGUUCAGUUGCCUUACUCAUCUCAGAGUCUUCAUCAGCUCAGAUGUGAGAGGUGAAAAUCAGGAUCUGGAAGCCUCCAAGACGAGUUGCAGCCAAUUGAUGCAUUCAAGUUUCCUCCAGUGUUUGUACAGACACUUUUGCCUCAGCAUCUUAGUGUUAGUGUCAAAUAUUUCUCUUUUUUCCAUGUUAAUUUAUUGAUUUUUAAAAAAAACCUUUAAAUUACUUUUGUCUCUAAGUUAAUUUAAUGUUGAUCUAGGUUUGUCUGUGAUUACAUGUUUUAAAUACUCACAGCAUCUGAGUCUGUUAUCUUCAGUGCAAUUGCACAGGGUGAAUUUUGUUCACAGUGCCAACUGUGGAAGAGAUGAUUGUGAACUACAUUACCUUGUUUGCUCAGCAGACCAUUAACAUCCUUUGUCAUGCAGUUAACACGAGGCACAGUAGGUCCUUUUCAUCACAGUCUGCACUAUGAAUUGUUUUCGGCAGCAAACUUUCCAGUUGGAUCAUUUUCAUCCCUGUAUAUAUGAAACUAAUCCUUUCUUGGCUAUAUUUGUAUGCAAGUGUGCCUCGUGCUUUCAAAAUUGGUAUCAAGAGCAUUGCACAGAGAAAUGCCACACCGAGGAGAAUAUAGAAAUCAAAUCACAUCUUCAUAAGAACUGUGUGUUGUGAUAUGAUUUAAAUGAACUAAUUUUGAAGUUCUAUCUCAGAUUAUAAUUUCUUUAUUAUUUCAUUAGGGUUAUCUGCCUCACUUUCCAAUUAAGCUGCUAGAAGGUUCAAUUUGCAGUUCAGUGGCAUGUUUUUAGUACCAUGGGAAGGAUUUCUAUACGCACAACUUCUCAGAAGGUGAUCGUUUGCUUCGUGUUGGUUUUUUGCUUUCAAUAAAAAGUUGACUGGAUGUUUA